AUGGAUACCAAAGGCUAUACAACAACUAUUUCUUCUUCAACACCAUGCCAAAGCUGCUCUAGGAUUACAAAUUUUAGGACCAUCUCUUCUAACACCAACUGCCAGCAUGGUGGUCUUAAAGCCAACAGCUGCCAACCAACAGGUCAUGUUCUGAAGACUCGCCAGACCCCAGGCCGCCAACACACUCCUUGCUUGUGUCUCACGCCCAUCUGCUUAAUAAGCAAUUUCAACGCCUGUCCCUCUCUGGAUGAUUGUGGCUGGGGUGGUGAAGGCAUCAACAGUAAUGAGAAAGAGACCAUGCAAGUCUUGAAUGACCGCCUUGCUAACUACCUGGAAAAGGUGCGAAUGCUGGAACAAGAGAACGCUGAACUGGAGUGUAAAAUCCAGGAAGAGAGUAACAAAGAGCUCCCUGUCAUCUCUCCUGACUACCUGUCCUACUAUGCUACCAUUGAGAAGCUCCAGCAGAAGAUCUUGUGCACCAAGGCUGAGAAUUCCAGACUGGUCUCACAAAUUGACAACACCAAACUGGCUGCUGAUGACUUGAGAGCCAAGUAUGAAGCUGAGGUGUCCCUACACAAGCAGGCGGAGGCAGAUGCCAAUGGUGUACAGCACAUCCUAAAUGCACUAACCCUGGGCAAAGCUGACCUGGAGGCACAAGUCCACUCUCUGAAGGAGGAGCUCAUUUGCCUCAAAAACAACCAUGAAGAGGAAAUCAAUUCCUUACAGAGCCAGCUUGGAGACAGACUCAACAUUGAAGUGACCACUGCCCCUUCUGUUGACCUAAACCGGGUUCUACAAGAAAUGAGAUGUCAGUAUGAGUCCAUCAUGGAGACAAACAGCAGAGAUGUGGAACAAUGGUUCAACACACAGACGGAGGAGUUGAACCAACAGGUGGUGACCAGCUCUCAGCAGCAGCAAUGCUGCCAGAAGGAGAUCAUUGAACUGAGACGUACCAUGAACAUUCUGGAGGUUGAACUUCAGGCCCAGCACCGAAUGAGAGAUUCCCAGGAAUGCAUCUUGGCAGAGACAGAGGCCCGCUAUGCGGCCUUGCUGGCCCAGAUCCAGCGUCUGAUCGAUAACCUGGAGGCUCAGCUAGCAGAGAUCCGAUGUGCCCUGGAAAGACAGAACCAAGAAUACGAGAUUCUGCUGGACGUCAAGUCCCGGCUGGAGUGUGAGAUUACCACAUACCGCAGCCUUCUGGAGAGCUUGGACGGCAAGUUUGCCUGUAACCCGUGUGCCAUCAAAUGUGAGCCUUCCACUUGCACAUUCAGUAAGGCCAGACCCAAAGAAUGCACAUCCCCUAUUUACAUGUCCUCAGCCCCCCGUGAGAUAUGCGAGCCCUGCAGUGCCUGUGGAGCCCUGUCCCAGAUACUGGUUAAAAUCUGCACCAUCACCAAGGAGAUUAAGGAUGGCAAAGUCAUUUCUUCUCACGAGCACGUGCAGCCUUGCUUCAUCACCAGACCUGCCGAAGUCUAA